AUGGAAAGAGGCUAUAGCGGCCUGAGAAGAUCGUAAGUCCUUUGUGUCUCUGCUUGCCGACCUUCUGUGUAGAUUUUAGCUGACUUUUUGUGGAAUUUUGCAGGCGAAAACGUGCACACUCUACGAAGUGUCCUUGUUGCUACUCGUCCGAGGAGGAACAGGAAACUCAUGCAAGCGCUAAGAGAGAGGUAGGUUGAAUUGCGGCUUACUAAUUUGUUAAUACGCUAUCUGCGGUGAGAAACGAGAUACUUUGUAUCCCUCUCUGGUAGGAAUGUGUGAGUUGUUGGCCAGAACUCGGCAACAAGAGUUUUGUAAUUGGCGAUUUGUUGUUAAAGUCGUCCCCGGCGACCAUGUGACAAGCGCGGAAGCAAGGAAAAAUUGAAUGACUUUUCUGUAUUUUCGCGUAAAAUACCUUCUCAAAAAGAACAUAUCCAAUGCAAUUGGUGUUUUUUAUCGCACAGGCGGGGUUAUCACUCGGUAAAGACUUACAAAUUCAUUUUAAUAGGUGGAAAAGUUAUGUUCGUAGUAGUUUCUGCAACAAGCUAGUUUCAGCGUGCAAGGGAUGUGACGAUGUGUCGCGCUCAUACUUUGACCACGUUUGUUAACUAUCUACGCUUAUUUGAUGAUUCUAAGGUUCAUCUCUUUUUGAAAUUGUAAGGAUUCGUUUACUUGUUCCAUUUCUGAAUGCGUUAAAUUGUUGGAAAUCUGAUUUUAUAUUAUCGUGAGGGCUCUUAGUUGAUCGUAUACAAUCUCUCUGUCGAUCUGUACUUGUGCAUUUCUUCGUUUUCGGGUUGAGCAAAAUAAGCUUAUAUUCGACUAGUAAAUUUCAAGAAGUCCUGUGAUGAUUUGAUCUCGUUAAUCUCUUUUCUUGAUUUACAGUGAUUUCAAUAGGCUUCCCCAGAUUUUUCAAUGAUGUACAUUGUACAACAAAUUAUUGUGCUCGUAAUUCCGAUGCGAGGCAUACGACAUAUUCCUUGGCCCGGACAGAAAUUAAAUGCUGCCAAUAGGUUAAUCUUCUUGACGUAUCUGGUCUAAUUUUAAAUGGCACGUCAUUUCAUCGGUAUCCGAACUGAAGAACUCUCGAAGCUUUUUCCAUGCGAGUCGCAUUUUAAAAGUGCUCGGGCAUCAUCGAUUUUUGUUAUUGUUGUUGUUGUUGUUCAAAUACACAGUUAUUAUGUAAGGUUGUCUGGCCGGUGUGUACGGGAUAUCUCUUCGUGUAGACACUGUAUUGCUAGAAAAGAUCCCUUUAUUUCAUUUAAUUUUGCGCUUGAUAGCAUUAUUUUCUAACGAAACUGUAUAGGUACUAUGAAAGUUAUCUCUUCUUUUCUGUAUGUGUUUUCGGAAUCUGGCAGAAAAUAUCAUUUUAUAAAAUAAUGUUGUCUACUUUUAUUUUAUUCUUGCCAAGCGACGUACACUUGACUUGUGUUUCUAAGCUUUCGAUUUUAUUUCUCCCUAGGACAUUUAAAACUGUUUUAAUAAAUUACCGUCAGGUUUUUUCAUUAAGUAUGUGCUCCUUUAUUGACACCAAAGCUACAUUUUCUUUUUAAUUGAUAGUUCAGAAAGAAGUCGUAGUGUAUAUGUAGAAGGGCAAAAAUAGUGCAAUUUCUGUGAAAUAUGUUUUUUUUUUCAUUUUGUGCCAUUUACACAAGAGUCCUCUAUACAUGAUCAGAGGUGCUUUGUCAUCAAUGUCUGAUUUUUUGCUUCCAAUUCUUGCAAUUGUAACGUAAUUGUAGAUUUGAUUUUUCUUUUUAAUAAAUGUGACUCAUGAACCACAUACUAAAUUAUUAUGUCUAAUUUUGUACGUUUUUGUGAUGUUGUGGUAAUACACUUCUGCUGCUUUUUGCACUCUGUGGUCUCUGAUUAUAUUGAGUAGUUUCUGAAAAUCUCCAUACUUUCCCACAUAAUCUGACCCUAGUUAGUAAUGUCUGCAAUGCAGCUCCAAAAUCCUCAGGGCUCAAAGUUUAAAUUUGAGUUUGGGAGCACUUGUACUACCAGAUGUAUACUUUCAGGCGCACUGCUGAAAUUUUAGGUGUGCAGCUGAAAAUUUUAGGAGCACAGCUUAUACUGUUGGGAGCAUCCAUCUUUAAAAAAGGAAGCUUAACAGUGCCUUGUGUAUAUGUCAUCUUCAGUUUGUUACUUUUAUUUCAGUACCGUGAUUGACCAUUGUGAUUUUUAAUACUUAUUUCUCUUUUUGACAAUACAGUUGUGACUAAAGAAAACUUACACUUGAAAAAAGUUCAAAACUGACAACAAAGAGUAUGUCAAACGAGAAAGAAAGUUAAUCUUUAAUGAAUUUGUGAAAGGGGAAAUGACUUACAUGUAACUGGGAUACGACUUAAAAACUAUCUUAGUUGGAAAAAAAAGGCCCUUAAUCCACACUGUUUUUGUUUUGUUUUGGUAUUUCUGCAUUACUUUUACUAUCAUUGCUGAAAUCUACUGUUUAACGUCGUACUGGUUAGAGUAUGUAAUUAUGGUCAAGUUAGGAAGUAGGGGAAGCAAGUCAGUCACACUGUGCUUUGGGUCUUGUGGCACAACCAAAAAUCCAGUCGCAUAUGCAACCAGUUAGGCGUUAACUUUGAGCCCUUAUCCUUAUUCUUGGCCCCCAACAAACUCUACGAAUUACAGGAAAUGCAUUUUGAAUUUUCCUUCAACCUAACUGGCAAAUUUACUGUGGGUUUUUACAGUGUGACUGCUUUAAGUUGGUUGUGGGCCAAUCAGCAGCUCUUAAAAACAGUAAGUUACUCAAAGCACAAAAUUAAAAAACUGAUAGCAAACAUUUUUCAAGAAUGCAAAAUGUUUCACCAGACAAUGUUUUUCAAUGUGAAACUUUACAUAUAACACCCAGGACACAUAUUUGUUUGACACAAGCUGUUAUUUUGUCAUUUAACAACAAUUUCUUCGCUACGAUUGCUGUGCUCUGCAUGAACAUGCAAACUCAAGUCAAAAAUAUAACCAAUGUUUACAUUUUUUGACUCCACAACUCACUCUAACAGACCCCUCAUGAAACAUGGGCUUUCUUCAGUGGGUUCAAAAGGUCACGUGUGUAAGUUGUAAUUAAUUAAUUUCAAUCCAUUUUGUAUAUUUUGUUUUGUGGUGAUUAGGAUUGACAACUAACACUCUCAAAAUGUAUUGUUAUUUUCCUGUAAGCCGAUUGGUCAAUUUGGUCUAGGUGGCCCCAGAUAUACAGUGUAGUAGUCACACUGUAAUAGGCCAAUCAUGGCUUGUACUCAAAUCCUGAUACACAGGUGGGGGCUGAGAACAAAGAUUUCAGUGCUGUUCGAAGACAGACGUAACCAGAAGUUUUUUCUGUCUCUAACGUAGGCUACCACAAAAGGGACCUGGGGGGGGAGGGGGGGGGUAAUAUAAUUUGGAAUUUCCAUUGGGGCUUGCUGGGGAAGAUCCUUAAAAAAAUCCCCUUUGUGGGAAUAGUAAGUAUAUUUUCUGGAACUUCUCAUUUCUUUUCAUUUCUAUAAUUUGUACAACAUUUUGCACGAGAUGUUUCCUUAAAAGAUACUCAUAGGUCAAGAGAGUUAUAUUUCCUUGAUUUUAUGAGAAGUUAAAACAACUUUUGUAACUUAUUGCAGGGUCUAAAAGUGACCAGUGGUUUGUUUUAAGAGUCCCUGUGCUAUUGUUAUACCAUUAAGUGACACUAGUUAAUAUUUCACAGAAAAUAUAAGGAGACUUUCUUGUUCCUGAAAAAGUGAGAUGUUUCAGCCCAAACUUACAUGAUCUGCUCAUGGUCACACAAAAAAGUGUAUUAUUUUAUAUAUAAUGGAUGUCAAACAGGGUCAAAAAAGUCCUCUCUGCAUAGCCAUCCAAAACAAAUAGGUUUUCUCAUUGGGCAAGCUGGGUAACUUUUUAUGCCCACUUGCCCAGGCAAUUUGUCUUCGAACUUUGCUAUGGCCCUGGACAAGAAAAAUUUUGUAACUGAAUUUCAAAUUAUUUUCUUCAACCCUUUUUGCUAUUUGCCUUGGAAGGUCUCAAAGCUGAUAAAGUAGGUGGUCAUUAAAGACCACUCUAAUAAACAAUCAACUGGAAAUCAUGGCAUUGUAAUAUUCUUAAUGGUGAUUAUAAUAAUAUAAUAAUAUAAUAUUAUUGCAGAAAGUAAAAGAUCAUGGCAGUCAGAACAAUGGAAAAAGAACAAGCAAGUACGUUGAAAAGGGAAUUGAAUAAAAUCAUUGGGAAUUACUAAUUCUAAGAGUUUAUGAAACCUGCCCAGGACAUUUUUUUACACUAAAUCCUUAGCAGCAAAAUGUGGAAGAAACAUCCCAGGACUGUUGUAGUGGAAAGUCAUGAAAAAAUGUUAGAGUAUUGCUCUGUUUGAGGCCCUGUCCACAUGUGUCAGGUAUUUUUAAAUUCGCCCUUUUUUCUUUGUGGAUUUUGCUGAUGUCAGGCCACACCUAUCCAGUAAAUCUGGCGUAUGAAUCCACAGCUUUUUUAAUCCACUCUCCAGUGAGGAAAUUUUUGAAUAUGUUCUGUAUCCAGCAUGGUGUGGGUGCUAAAUCCAGAUAUUUUUUAUCUAGUGACUUAAUGAAAUCAAGCCCAGUUCUUUUCUGUGAAUACUCAAGAUUGCUGCCGAGUGGAAUGUUAUCACUUCUUUAAUUCUUGGACUUAUUUCAAGUUUUUUAAUGUGUCUGCAGUUAUAUUGAAGGGGUUGAUGCAUUCAAGUGAAUAGGAUUGCAUUAGUGAUUUUGAUACAAUACUUUUGUGCCAAUAAUCCCACAAAGGACAGCUUACAUAAGGGUUGGGGCAUAAGGAGAUGAUUGACACUUCAGAGCAAUUAGCAAUAUUGCAUUCUGUAAAUGACUGGUCUUAAUUUUUCCUCUAGGAGAAAAAGGAGGCUUUCCUGUGAUGAUGGUAAUAACAAUGAAGAUGAUGCAAGCAAAGAUGCCACAGACCCAGCUGAAGAUCUUCAUGGAGCACAAAAGACCAAAACACCCAACAGGAAAAAUCUAUUACACAAGCCCAAGAAAAGCAGAGAAAAGGUCAAAACUGUUUCUUCAAGACAGGAAUCUAGUAUUAGUACAUUAAAUGGUGUCAAGUUAGAGGCAAAAAGUAAGGAAGGUGGAAAAAAUGGACAGGCUACUGUGAAAAAUAAAAAUAAAACUGGUCUAUCUGUGCUUCAAAGUAGAGAUGAAAGCAUUGCAAAAACAGAAAAUUUGAAGAAGAAAUCAUCAACUCAAAUUCAGUCAAAGCCCAAAAAGUCAGAAAAGAAGAAUGCAAAAUGGAAAUGUAAAGCAGGCAGUGAAGAGCUCAACAAAAGUGAAGAGGAACCUCAGGAAAAAUGUUUGAAUGGUAUGAAAAAAUCCAGUAAGGUGAAGUCUGCAGCUUCCUCUGCCAGUGAUGGAGCACAGUUACAAAGCAAUGAUGUUGAAGAAGUCAAAAAGUCACUUAGUAAUAACAUAACAAAGCCUGGUACUAAACUCAACAAGGUGGAAAUCAAGAAACAAAACAAUACAAGGAGUAAAAACAGUAAAUCAAAUGAUGUUCAAAGUGGAUCUUCCUUUGAUGGAAGUAAAAGGAGUUUGGUUCUUGGGAGCAAAAAGCAACCUAAUAGUUUGAACAAAAACAGUGGAAAUGUUGCGAAUAGAAAAGUUGAAGUGUUCGAUCAUUUAUUUUGUGAGCUAAAAAAGUGUCCAGGACAUAGCAAAGUGACAGUUUCAUCUGCUGCGGAAUUGCUUCUUAGACUUACAGCUGAUAAGUUGAAAAGCUUGCUCCAUGCUUCAACAUCUAAGAAGCUUCAGUCAGGUACAGUUGAUGAUAAUCUGAAGAAAUCAUCGCCAGCAAAAGCCCAGUCUACGGUCUCAUUAAGUAGACCCAAGAGGCAACGCACUGAGUCUGAGAAGUCUUUAUCACAGUCACCUGAAGUUAGCAGUCGGAGUUUCCUCUCAUCUCCAAGUAAGAGUGCUUCCGGGCAAGCUGAAAAAGUCAAACUAUCCCAGGCAGCAGAAGCACUGGUAAGCUUCCGUGCCAAUCCCACUAUUCUGCGUCAGGAAAGGGCAGAGGUUGAUCUUCGGCUACCAAUUCCAGCUGUGAAAGUCACUGCCACAAAGAGUUUAGAAAAGAAAUCAAGUUCUCCCAGUAAGGAGAUAGGUUGUACCCCCUUGGAUAGAACUGCUGAUUCAUCAAUGCAUGUUUUGACAACCACAAAUGAACCGAAAGCAUCACAAAGUUCUGUAAAUGCUAUUACUACUACUUCUCAGAGUCAAGCUACAACACAGUUGUCUUUAAGUCCUGCUAUACACGGAACUCUUCAACAGACUUUUGGAUUUCCUAGUAUUGAUACAAAUCUCCAGCAAGUAGCAACUGUGCAGCAAAACCUGAUGAAUCUGAGUCAGUUAACAUCACAGUUGAAUCCAGUUUCUGCAGUCCCAGUACCUUUGACUCCAAAAGCAAGAGUACAUGGGGCAGAGAAAUCUCGACUGAUGAAUCAAACAGGGAUGCAGAAUGUUCAGGCGUUGUUCUGUCAGCCGACUCAGCCUCCAAAUAUCCAGACAUCAGUAGCUAUCCAGACCCCAGUCACCACCUUAACAGCGGGUGGCAGUAACCAACAGUUGCAGCCACAACAGCCUCUCAAAGGAAUGGAAGAUGUGGUGAGCUGUGUUGGGUCACGAUCAACUACUAAUAUGUUGUGGAAUAUUAAGCCUGCGACUCCCCCUGUUGUGUACCUGACCAGUCCACAGAGCCUUAGUGGGGUAAGAGCCAGGCACAUUAUACCCCAAAAUGAAGGGCACAGACCUCUACCUUUCACUACAGGCAUGGCAAAGGUUCACACUGCUGGUAUGCCAAAAGCACCUCUGAACUCAGUAAGUACGUGUGGAGUAAUGACACUCGGAAAAGUAACAGUAGUGAAUCAGGCUGCUUCACUUCCAACAACACAGGCUGUAAACAUGACUUGUCAGCGACCAAUACUUCCGCGUGAGCAGAGGUUGCCUUCGCUUUUUACUAGUAUGCAACAAGGUGCUUCGCAGCUUCCGGUUACCACAAUUAGCGGGCAGAUUUCCCACAGCUUUCCACCAGUCUGUAUUGGGAGCAUGCCAGUACCGUUUGGUGGGAUACAUGUGACCUCUGCUCUGACUUCUCUCAGUAAUGUUAUGACACAGGCUCCAAUCUCACAAUACCCUCCUAUUGAAGUGCCUGUAAUGCAAACACCAGUUGUUACAACAGGACAAAUCACUGCCACAACUUCACCUGUCAAUGCUAAGCAAGCUGUGAAGAAGUUUGUUCAUCAGAGAACAAAAUCUGCAGAAUUGAGAAGGUCAGAAAGUCUGACAAACAUAUUUUCAAAUGAGCCUAUAGCAUCACCUACUCUUGCUGAACAACCCGAGGUUAGCAUAGCUUCUUCUUGUUCUUCCCAGAGUGAACAGGCCCAGGUACAACAAGAAAAUAAAAGCACUUCAAUUACGUCCGAGUUCAAUGUGCAGCAGGCAGCCUCAGCCCUUCUAAGUAUCAGUUCACAAGAUGGUCUUGAUACUGUUGAUACAUCACAGCCUGGGGGAGGGGAGGGAGAGGACUCCUUGGACGAACAUGAUGACGAAGUUGUAUUUACCAGUAAGGGUGUAUUCCGUGUUGGAGAUGUCGAUGUCGAUCCAAAGUACAACAGAAUUGGCAUAGGUAGGAGUUAUAAACAUGAGUUCAUUCUACACAUUUUCUUUACAAUGUUUGUGCAGACAUUUUUUAACUAAAUCCCCCCAAAAAAACAUUCAAAGAAAAUCAAAACUGAAGUAAUCCAGGUUACUUCUCAAGAUUUGCUACCUUUAAGGGAGCCAUUUUCUUGUGGAAUUGAGGAAAAAGGACUGUUAAGUUGUAGUUUAUCAUAAUCAGCAGGUCAUUUCACACAAAAUGGCACCCUAUUCUACUUUGUCGUACUUGAAGGAAAAUGCAAUGCUUUCCAUUGGGUUCAUUCAUAAAUUGUGCCAUAAAGAUCUAUUUCUUUUUUUUUUUUUUUUUUUGGGGGUUUAUCCUUGGGGAAAUGGGGAAAAAUUUUCCCCCCUCUUAUCCACCUUCCCCCCCCCAAAAAAAGGGUGGCCCCCCACACGGGUUGCCCCAAAAGGAGAGGCACCAUGUGGUAUAAAGUUUUCCCGGACCCCUAUAUAUGGGGAGCACACCCAUAAAGAAAAAAGAAGUGUUAGUUUUAUUUUAACAUAAAUAAGAGGUUUAUUUAAAAAAAAAGGGAACCUUUUUUUUGUUUUUUUAAUUUAAAGAAAAUUCAAUUUUUUUCAUUUGUGUUCUUUAAAAAAUGUUCCAAAAAGAUCUUUUUUUUUUUUUUUUUUUUUUUUAGAGGGUUAUACCUGUGGCAAAUGUGGAAAAAUCUUCACCUCUCUUAGCUACCUUGCACGCCACAUAAAACGGGUGUGCCCCGACAUGAGUUGCCGCAAAUGGAGAUGCACCAUGUGUGAUAAAGCUUUCCGGCAUCCAUUUGGUCUCCAGCAACAUAUUUAUACCCACACGGGGGAAAGACCUCACAAAUGUUCUCAGUGUCCUAAAGCAUUCUACAGUUCAAAUGAUUUAAGAAGACACAGCAGAAUACACUCUGGUAAGCUAAGCAAAGAUAGCCAUUAGAUUUGUGCCUCAUGGAGGCACAAAAUCUACAAGAAUAGCAAAGAAGAAUUAUCUUUCUGCCACCAAGCUGUGUUGCUUUGGCUAAUAAUUUCAAACAACACAUAAUUCUCUUUAAUUUGUUUGAUUCUGUCCCACUGUGAUCCAAGUGUUUGGCUUUUUUAGGGGGUUAGCAGGGAAUAGAAUAGUGCAGGCGGGGAGGGGUUGGAAGAUGCUGAAGGCUCCCUCCCCUGUUCGUUUGAAUUAUUUAAAUGAAUUAAUACCAAAUUCUCAGAAGACAAGGUUUUUCCUCUCUAUAAGAAAAUAAGAGAAUACAGAGUUUACUGAUGUUUCCUAUUGAUGCAAAUUCAAAUAAUAAGAGUUGCUACCAAAUUGAGUAAAACAAAAGAAUAACAGCUCAAAACAUUACAAUAAGGCCUAAGUAACAGCACAGCACAGGGUGGGGGGGAGCUACUUCCCAUACAUUCUCUUAAAUGAAAUCCAAAUGAUGUUCUCACAACUUGCAAAGCAAUCAUCAAAGGUCUUGACAGCAAAUACAAAAGAAGGCAUGGAUGGAUGAACUUUGGAUAAAAUUAAAACGGAUUGCAAUUGCCAUUUUAUUUUGAAAACUUGUUAACCUAACAGUUUUUUCAAAUAUCAUUCUUGUUCAGUAACUUUUGACAUAAUGCAUUGAGAGUGAUGUUUGUUUGAUACGAAGUUGUGAUUUUGUCUUUUACAAGUAGAUGUUCUACUUAUGACAAGUUCCUCAGCAAAUAAACAGGGCUGUUAUAGGCAAAUUAUUAACCCAAUGAACUAGACAGCCACAACACACCCCCUUUAACCCUGGAGUUUAAUCUCAUUGUCCCAUAAUAUCAAAGCACUUAAACUACUGAUGGCAUCUCUGAGUCACCAUCAGCAAAUACUGACUUUAAUGUUGUCACCUUACUUGUUUAUAUUUUAUUCAUUCACAUGACAAAUUUCAUGUUGCAUAAAAAUCAAUUUUGUAAAAUUUGUCCAAAAAAAUUGACCAUUUGUUUUCUUUGUUUUAACUUUUAUUUCUAGUUAUUGAUUGCUAGAAGUUUUUUAUAUCUCCUUUCACCUAAGGAGGGCCUUACACUCAUGUUAGUCCCAUUUUUUUUAAACCUCAUUAUAGGGGAACGUCCGUACCACUGUAAACAUUGUGACAAGAGUUUUGCCACCACAAUAUCUUUGAAGACUCAUACUUACAUUCAUACUGGAGAAAAGCCACAUAAGUGUCCUCACUGUCCAAAGACAUUUGCGACUUCAAGUAAACUGGGGCGACACAUUGUGACCCACUCUGAGCAGCGACCUUUUGCCUGUGAACACUGUCCUAAAUCUUUCAACAGAUCAGGUAAGACAUUCUGUUCAUAGAGGAUAUGACAUGAUAACACGGAGCUAAAAAAUUUAUCUUUGAGUGUUGAAAAAUGUUUGUAAAUGUGUUUGCAGCCAUCAAGUGAAAUACUUUUGAACCUGAGAAGAGAAUUUAAUAUCUCCAAGUGGCCAUGUAAAAAGGUUCUAUUAAUGUUGUUAUUAAAACACCAAUGACAUAUCAUACCGUUUCACUUUUUUUUUUGCUUUGAAAGGGCCAGUUUAUCAUGUCAGGGAAAAGUUAGGGAAUUUCACUUUAAGUCAGGGAAAAGUUAAAUGUUUGAAAGAAGUCAGGGAAAAGUGAAAGUUUAGGAGUACAUAUUAAAUAUGUACUCCCAAACUUUCACGUUUCCCUGACUUCUUUCAAACUUCUACUUUUACUGUUUUCUAACAUUAAAUUUUCUUGUGCAUAAUUUUUACAGACAUGAAUUGUCUUGUAUUGGCAGAGUAUUGUUUAUGAAAUUGAAUGACAAGCCUAUGUUGGCUUUUCAAGAACGUCCAUUUUUUUGCACGUUAUAUAAAUAAACUGUCAAUUCGUUUACUGAUGGGGGUUUCAUUUCGAGCCAGACACUGGACACAAUGUCUGGUUGUCUGACAUGUAACAUCUGGUAGUUCACACCCAAAAUAGUAAUUUUUUGAAGUGUGAAAAUCUUUUUCUUUCAUUAUUAAUAAAGUGAAAAAAGAACAACUGCAAACCGACAAUUAUAAUUGCCAAAUCAAACAGUUUUUGUGAGCAUUUUUUAAUGCCUUGAAGUACCUUCCCGGAAAACCAAUUCCACUCCAGAGAAUGCAGGAAAUUAUAUUUUAGAGAGUCCAGUUAUAAAAGUUAAAAUGCAUGCCCCCCAGAUCCCCCUAGAAGUUUUUGACCCUGGCACAUUUCUCCUGCGGCAUGAGUCUGCCAGCUAAACCUCUGCAUCCGGUACUUCCAAAUGCAACUGAAAACCCUGAUGUACACUGCACCUGACUUGCUGAAAGCAUAAAUAAAUAGGUGGAGGAGAUGGCUGUGAGGGGAGGGUUGAGUCCAUUGUCAGGUCUGAUGUGUGAAAUUGUUAAUUCAGUUGGUCAGGGAAAUUUUACAUUUGUCAGGAAAAAGUCAGGGAAUUUCAGAAACCCCUGGCUGUGGCAACCAUGAUAGGGAAACCAAGCCAGUUGCCUUGGGGUAAAAUUCUGAAUUGUGUCAUGUUUGCCUUUCUGGAAAGAACUGUCCUUGGCAAAUCAAUUGGCAAUAUAGUAAUAUUCACAUGUAGAUUUAAUUUAUGUAAAUUAGUCUAGGAUAUUUUGUUUUUAUAGCGCUUAGCAUUUAAAUGGAUAAGUACUAUAUAAUCAUUUUCAUAUUAUUAUAAUACAUUUGAAAAAGUGUACAGCGACUAAGGCAGCUAUAAAUUAUUUGUUAUUUCUGAUGGUGCCUCCGAAGGAUUUUGGUCUGGCUAUAGGUCCUGUCAAAAGCAGCCAUAGGUACAUGUGUAAUUAAUAGCUGUAAAUAGUUUUGGUGCUUAAAUGUACUGUGGAAGCCAGAUUUUUUGAACCAUGAGGGAAAAAGUUGGUUCUAUUAAUUGGGAGGUUCAAAAAAUGGGGUGCGUGAGUAUGAAGGGAAGAAUUAUUGGGAGAUUUGAGAAACAAAGGAGUUUUUUAUAUACAAGGACUUUCAAACUUUACUGAAACAUUUCUGUGUGUUACCAUUGAUGCAAAACAUAUUGUAUAUGGCUUCUCCUAAUUAUAUGACAGUGUCACUUAACUCUUUCCUUUACUCACAUCUUUAAAGGAGAAAUCUUUUCUCUUUUUAGGUGACUUGCGUCGGCACAAUAUGCAUGUGCAUGAUUCCCGUGACAAACCAGUAGACUUUGAAGACUGUGGCGCACCACUUAACACUACAGGCAAUGUUACUGUUCCCAGCGAUGGUACCAAAGAUCAGGACAGUAUCACUGGACAAGCGUAUCAAUGUUCAGUAUGUGCGGAGGUGUUCGAUACAUCUAGUAAACUGAGGGACCAUGUAACAUGCCACAGUAACUUGGUGUCCACUGUACCACACCAUUCUUUGGACCAAAAGUCCAGUGAAGACGUGGAUCAGCUAGAUGAGAGCACAGAGUCAGGGAGUAUAGACAGUAAUUAA